AUGGCAAAACCUUCCUCAGCUGCAACAGAAACAUCUGGUAGUCCUCUGUCGACAGUCUCACUGUCAACAACUAUUAUUUCUGUUCCAUCAGAAACAUCCACCUUAACACAGGCAACUCUUCCAGCAACUUCUGAAAAUGCAACCACCUUCUCACCAACUUCACAUUCACAGUCAGCAAGCAAUCCGACAUCUCCAAUUACAGACAAAACAUCCACCUUAACACAGGCAACUCUUCCAGCAACUUCUGAAAAUGCAACCACCUUCUCACCAACUUCACAUUCACAGUCAGCAAGCAAGCCGACAUCUCCCAUUACAGACAGUACAGCUCCCACAUCACAUAUAACAGAAAAACAUCCAACUUCUCUCGAGGCAACAACACAGUCAACGCUAUCUGCAACUUCAUCAUCACAGCCAAUAACUAGUAGCCCAAAAGAAACAACAUCUUCAUUGACCACUCCUAUUCCUUCAACUUCUGAAACAGAAUCAACCGGUUCUCCUCCUCUAUCGACAGCUUCGCAGUCCACACUUUCUACUUCGGUGUCAUCAGAAACAUCAGUGCAUCCAACUGCUUCAUCUCCAGAAAACUUUGAAACUGCAAGCACUUUCUCCUCAACAUUACAUUCACAGUCAGCACCGAAUCCAACAUUUUCCAGUACUCAAACGACGUCUCCGAUAAUGCAGACCACCCAAUCAAUUUCAACUUCCUCUCAUGUGACAAACACUUCAACACUGUCUACAACUGCUUCAUCACAAGCAAUAACAAGCAGUCAAAGAGAAACUAGCACUUCUGUUACAAUGGCAAAACCUUCCUCAGCUGCAACAGAAACAUCUGGUAGUCCUCUGUCGACAGUCUCACUGUCAACAACUAUUAUUUCUGUUCCAUCAGAAACAUCCACCUUAACACAGGCAACUCUUCCAGCAACUUCUGAAAAUGCAACCACCUUCUCACCAACUUCACAUUCACAGUCAGCAAGCAAUCCGACAUCUCCAAUUACAGACAGUACAGCUCCCACGUCACAUAUAACAGAAAUACAUCCAACUUCUCCCGAGUCAACAACACGGUCAACGCUAUCUGCAACUUCAUCAUCACAGCCAAUAACUAGUAGCCCAACAGAAACAACAUCUUCAUUGACCACUCCUAUGCCUUCAACUUCUGAAACAGAAUCAACGGGUUCUCCUCCUCUAGCUUCGCAGUCCACACUUUCUACUUCGGUGUCAUCAGAAACAUCAGUGCACACAACUGCUUCAUCUCCAGAAACCUUUGAAACUGCAAGCACUUUAUCCUCAACAUUACAUUCACAGUCAGCACCGAAUCCAACAUUUUCCAAAACAUCCACCUUAACACAGGCAACUCUUCCAGCAACUUCUGAAAAUGCAACCACCUUCUCACCAACUUCACAUUCACAGUCAGCAAGCAAGCCGACAUCUCCCAUUACAGACAGUCCAGCUCCCACGUCACAUACAACAGAAAUACAUCCAACUUCUCCCGAGGCAACAACACAGUCAACGCUAUCUGCAACUUCAUCAUCACAGCCAAUAACUAGUAGCCCAACAGACACAACAUCUUCAUUGACCACUCCUAUGCCUUCAACUUCUGAAACAGAAUCAACGGGUUCUCCUCCUCUAGCUUCGCAGUCCACACUUUCUACUUCGGUGUCAUCAGAAACAUCAGUGCAAACAAAUGCUUCAUCUACAGAAACCUUUGAAACUGCAAGCAAAACAUCCACCUUAACACAGGCAACUCUUCCAGCAACUUCUGAAAAUGCAACCACCUUCUCACCAACUUCACAUUCACAGUCAGCAAGCAAGCCGACAUCUCCCAUUACAGACAGUCCAGCUCCCACGUCACAUACAACAGAAAUACAUCCAACUUCUCCCGAGUCAACAACACGGUCAACGCUAUCUGCAACUUCAUCAUCACAGCCAAUAACUAGUAGCCCAACAGAAACAACAUCUUCAUUGACCACUCCUAUGCCUUCAACUUCUGAAACAGAAUCAACGGGUUCUCCUCCUCUAGCUUCGCAGUCCACACUUUCUACUUCGGUGUCAUCAGAAACAUCAGUGCAUCCAACUGCUUCAUCUUCAGAUACCUUUGAAACUGCAAGCACUUUGUCCUCAACAUUACAUUCACAGUCAGCACCGAAUCCAACAUUUUCCAGUACUCAAAAAACGUCUCCGAUAAUGCAGACCACCCAAUCAAUUUCAACUUCCUCUCAUGUGACAAACACUUCAACACUGCCUACAACUGCUUCAUCACAAGCAAUAACAAGCAGUCAAGGAGAAACUACCACUUCUGUUACAAUGGCAAAACCUUCCUCAGCUGCAACAGAAACAUCUGGUAGUCCUCUGUCGACAGACUCACUGUCAACAACUAUUAUUUCUGUUCCAUCAGAAACAUCCACCUUAACACAGGCAACUCUUCCAGCAACUUCUGAAAAUGCAACCACCUUCUCACCAACUUCACAUUCAGAGUCAGCAAGCAAGCCGACAUCUCCCAUUACAGACAGUCCAGCUCCCACGUCACAUACAACAGAAAUACAUCCAACUUCUCCCGAGUCAACAACACGGUCAACGCUAUCUGCAACUUCAUCAUCACAGCCAAUAACUAGUAGCCCAACAGAAACAACAUCUUCAUUGACCACUCCUAUGCCUUCAACUUCUGAAACAGAAUCAACGGGUUCUCCUCCUCUAGCUUCGCAGUCCACACUUUCUACUUCGGUGUCAUCAGAAACAUCAGUGCAAACAACUGCUUCAUCUACAGAAACCUUUGAAACUGCAAGCACUUUGUCCUCAACAUUACAUUCACAGUCAGCACCGAAUCCAACAUUUUCCAGUACUCAAACGACGUCUCCGAUAAUAGAGACAACCCAAUCAAUUUCAACUUCCUCUCAUGUGACAAACACUUCAACACUGUCUACAACUGCUUCAUCACAAGCAAUAACAAGCAGUCAAGGAGAAACUACCACUUCUGUUACAAUGGCAAAACCUUCCUCAGCUGCAACAGAAACAUCUGGUAGUCCUCUGUCGACAGACUCACUGUCAACAACUAUUAUUUCUGUUCCAUCAGAAACAUCCACCUUAACACAGGCAACUCUUCCAGCAACUUCUGAAAAUGCAACCACCUUCUCACCAACUUCACAUUCACAGUCAGCAAGCAAGCCGACAUCUCCCAUUACAGACAGUACAGCUCCCACGUCACAUACAACAGAAGUACAUCCAACUUCUCCCGAGUCAACAACACAGUCAACGCUAUCUGCAACUUCAUCAUCACAGCCAAUAACUAGUAGGCCAACAGAAACAACAUCUUCAUUGACCACUCCUAUGCCUUCAACUUCUGAAACAGAAUCAACGGGUUCUCCUCCUCUAGCUUCGCAGUCCACACUUUCUACUUCGGUGUCAUCAGAAACAUCAGUGCAUCCAACUGCUUCAUCUCCAAAUACCUUUGAAACUGCAAGCACUUUGUCCUCAACAUUACAUUCACAGUCAGCACCGAAUCCAACAUUUUCCAAAACAUCCACCUUAACACAGGCAACUCUUCCAGCAACUUCUGAAAAUGCAACCACCUUCUCACCAACUUCACAUUCACAGUCAGCAAGCAAUCCGACAUCUCCAAUUACAGACAGUACAGCUCCCACGUCACAUAUAACAGAAAUACAUCCAACUUCUCCCGAGUCAACAACACGGUCAACGCUAUCUGCAACUUCAUCAUCACAGCCAAUAACUAGUAGCCCAACAGAAACAACAUCUUCAUUGACCACUCCUAUGCCUUCAACGUCUGAAACAGAAUCAACGGGUUCUCCUCCUCUAGCUUCGCAGUCCACACUUUCUACUUCGGUGUCAUCAGAAACAUCAGUGCACACAACUGCUUCAUCUCCAGAAACCUUUGAAACUGCAAGCACUUUAUCCUCAACAUUACAUUCACAGUCAGCACCGAAUCCAACAUUUUCCACUUCGCAGUCCACACUUUCUACUUCGGUGUCAUCAGAAACAUCAGUGCACACAACUGCUUCAUCUCCAGAAACCUUUGAAACUGCAAGCACUUUGUCCUCAACAUUACAUUCACAGUCAGCAGCGAAUCCAACAUUUUCCAGUUCUCAAACGACAUCUCCGAUAAUGGAGACCACCCAAUCAAUUUCAACUUCCUCUCAUGUGACAAACACUUCAACACUGUCUACAACUGCUUCAUCACAAGCAAUAACAAGCAGUCAAGGAGAAACUACCACUUCUGUUACAAUGGCAAAACCUUCCUCAGCUGCAACAGAAACAUCUGGUAGUCCUCUGUCGACAGACUCACUGUCAACAACUAUUAUUUCUGUUCCAUCAGAAACAUCCACCUUAACACAGGCAACUCUUCCAGCAACUUCUGAAAAUGCAACCACCUUCUCACCAACUUCACAUUCACAGUCAGCAAGCAAGCCGACAUCUCCCAUUACAGACAGUCCAGCUCCCACGUCACAUACAACAGAAAUACAUCCAACUUCUCCCGAGUCAACAACACGAAUCAACGGGUUCUCCUCCUCUAGCUUCGCAGUCCACACUUUCUACUUCGGUGUCAUCAGAAACAUCAGUGCAUCCAACUGCUUCAUCUUCAGAUACCUUUGA